GAUAACAUUAGGAUUGGUGGCUCAUGGAGCUCCAAUUUCAUCUCUUCAUCUUGUUUCUCAGUCUCACCUUGACUUUCCUGUUUCUAGGAGGAAAGGUUCUGAAAGGAGCAAGGGCUAAAAACUCAACCCCAAGGCUCCCACCUGGGCCAUGGAAACUUCCUAUCAUUGGCAACAUUCAUCAGCUGAUCAGCUCACUGCCCCAUCACAAACUAGGAGAUUUGGCCAACAAGCAUGGACCUCUGAUGCAUCUACAGCUUGGAGAAAUUUCGACCAUUGUAGUUUCUUCCCAAGAAAUUGCAAGAGAGGUUAUGAAAACUAAUGAUAUCAUUUUUUCUGACAGGCCUUAUCUCCUUGCAUGCCGGAUAAUGUCUUAUAAUUCUGCUAACAUUGUUUUUGCACCAUAUGGGAAUUAUUCGAGACAGAUUAGGAAAAUCUGCAUGGUGGAGCUUCUAAGAUCCCAACUGGAUCUCAGCGAGAAGAUUUUCUCGCUGACUUAUGGCAUAGCUUCAAGAGCAGCUUUUGGGAACAAAAGCAAAUACCAAGAAGCAUUCAUAUCCAUCGUCACAGAAAUAACAAAGCUGGCAGCAGGUUUUUCUUUGGCUGAUAUGUACCCUUCCAAUGAAGUGCUUAUACUGAUUGCAGGGCUGAGGCCUAAACUGGAGAAGCUGCAUAAAGUAAAUGAUAGGAUACUGGAAGAAAUAGUUAAGGAACACAGAGAAAGGAGAAAGGAAACAGAUGGAAAUGGUAGAAGAGAAAGAGAUCAAGAUUUGGUUGAUAUUCUUCUAAAGCUUCAGCGGAAUGGUGACCUUGAAUUUCCUCUGACUGACAACAACAUCAAAGCGGUUAUCCUGGACAUUUUUGCUGCUGGGAGUGAGACAUCAUCAACAGUAGUAGAGUGGGCGAUGUCGGAACUGCUCAAAAACCCCAGGCUGAUGAAGGAGGCACAAGCUGAGAAUUGUGUGAUUAAUGGAUAUGACAUUCCUGCCAAGACAAAAGUCAUUGUUAACGCAUGGGCAAUACAGAGAGACCCCAGGUAUUGGAAGGAAGCCGAGAAAUUUCAGCCGGAAAGGUUCCUGGGAAGUUCAGUUGAUUUCAGAGGGACAGAUUUUGAAUUUAUCCCAUUUGGAGCUGGAAGGAGGAUAUGUCCAGGGAUAACAUUUGCACUGGCAAACAUUGAGCUUCCAUUGGCAAAAUUGUUAUACCAUUUUGAUUGGAAGCUCCCAGAUGGGAUGAAGCAUGAAGAUUUGGACAUGACUGAAUCCGUUGGUGUGACAGUGAAAAGGAAGAAUAAUUUGUUUCUAAUUCCGGUUCCUUAUCAACCAAGCAAGACUAUAUGAUUAAAGUUAUAGGUUUCUUUCUAUGUAUUAACUACGUUGCAGAAACCCUUAUAAACAGGUACUGCCAGG